GAGCAAUCAGGGCUGCAGACACGGGAGUCAGAGCUGAACUCACUCCACAUUUCACGGAGCGCUGUCAGCACCGGGCGCUAAAGACCGAGUUUGAUUAAGCGCCUUAAUUCAUCUGAACUUUCCGAGGAUAAAAAGAAGGAACUCUCCCCGAGAGGGAACGGCACGGAACGGCCCGGGAGCACAUGGAAACGCUAUGUAGCUGGAAAUACGGCGGUGGACUUUAUCGUAGUUUCAUUCGAGAGGAGGCAAAGUGAGCGGCGAGAUAAACAUGCUCACCCCGAUGCUGGCCUCCCUGCUGCCUCUUCUCCUUCUAAGUCGGAUUUCUUUCUGCCAGUACUCAAGCGACCAGUGCAGCUGGAAGGGCAGCGGUCUGACUCAUGAAGGCCACGCCAGGGACGUGGAGCAGGUGUACCUCCGUUGCUCCGAAGGCUCUCUGGAGUGGCUCUACCCCACGGGGGCCAUCAUCGUUAACCUCCGGCCCAACACAGUCUCCCCCGCCGCCGCCCGCCUCUCCGUCUGCAUCAAACCCUCGUCUGACUCCAGAGGCACCAACGUUUACCUGGACCGCAACGGCAAGCUGCGGUUGCUGCUGCGCGAGCAGGACCAGGCUCAGGGCAAGGUGCACUGCUUCAGCAUCCAGGAGGGGGCGCUCUUCAUUGAGGCCGUCCCGCACACGGACAUCAGCCGGCGGAUCACAGCGUUCCAGUACGAGCUGGUCAACGACAGGGUGGGACCAGAGGCGCACUCACUGGGCGCACCCUGUCAGCCCUGCAGUGAUGCUGAGAUGCUUCUAGCAGUCUGCACCAAUGACUUUGUGGCACGGGGCAGCAUUAAGAAGGUGGAGCAGCAGGAGGAACACUCCUCUGUCACUGUGGAGAUCAGUCGUCUCUACAGACAGAAGACCCAGGUCUUUGUAUCCGGUGGCGUGAGGGUACGGAGUUGGACAGGCCAUAUCAAGAUGCCCCUGCAGUGCGGGGUGAGGUCUGGCGAGGGUGAGUUCCUCUUCACUGGGACAGUGAGGUUUGGGGAGGCCUGGAUGGGAUGCGCCCCACGCUACAAAGAUUUCCUGCGGUUGUAUCACGAGGCGGAGCAGCAGGGGACCAACCCCUGUCACGUGGACACAGAUUGACGGGGGGUUACCUGCCCACGCUCAGAAAUAGGACAAGUGACCUCAUUGGGUGGGGAUGAGAGCUGAACCAAGAGUUCAUGCAGAGGAGAGAAAAGACUGACAGACUGGCCCGGUGGCAGUGCGUCUCUCCUCUCUUCCUGUCUCGUGACUCUUUUGGAGACAAAGAAUGGAGCUCCUGAAUGUUGCCAAGCAGCAUGUCAGCUGGACUCUGUCCUCAAAGUUCAGUGCGAUGCAAAGUGGAAUGUGUUCGGACUGCCUUUUCUCACAGACGAGGAACUCCCAGGUUUUAAAUGUAGCAGACCCUGUUUGGUUUCUAUGUGUAUAAAAUGUGAAUGAACAUUGUAUAUUUUGAAGCUCUGCGUGCUUUGUAAAAAGCUUGAUGUACAGUCCUGAAGUUAUUUCUUAUGACAGAAAUGUAUAAAGUGAAAGCCUCUUAUUUUUAUUUUGUUUAAAAAAUUAUUCGCAAUUCAAUGCCUGAACUUGUGUGCUUGUCAGGCCAAACAAUUGUAAAGAAAAACAAACAAACAAACAAAAAAAGGAAACCAAAAAAGGCAAAAUCUCUUUUUUGCUCUUGAGAAUAAAAGCUUUUAUUCCAUGGAACAACA